AUGGCUGAUACCGGUCUUCCCUCGGGCUGGGAAGUGCGACACUCCAACUCCAAGAACCUCCCAUACUACUUCAAUGCUGCCGAAAAGGUCUCGCGCUGGGAGCCGCCCGCAGGAACCGACACGGAGAAGUUGAAGCACUACAUGGCCACCCACCACAGCGCCGGCUCCGGCGCAAGGCCCCAGGCCGUUCCCGUCCCCGAGGGCAAGAUCCGCGCCGCCCACCUGCUGGUCAAGCACAAGGACAGCCGUCGCCCCUCGAGCUGGAGAGAGUCCGAGAUCUCUCGCAGCAAGGAGGACGCUCUCGAAAUCAUCAAGGCACACGAGGAGAAGAUCAAGUCCGGCCAAAUCUCCCUCGGUGAGCUCGCCCUGACCGAAUCAGACUGCAGCAGCGCCCGUAAGAGAGGCGACCUGGGCUACUUCGGCAAGGGCGACAUGCAAAAGGAGUUUGAGGAUGCGGCGUUCGCCUUGAACCCUGGCGAGAUCAGCACCGUUGUUGAGACGGCGAGCGGGUUGCACUUGAUUGAAAGACUGGAGUGA